AUGAAUGAUCCGAAUUCAACUCUUCAUUGUGUGUCGUCACCAAAAUCAUCUGGAACAGAAUCGCAACAAGGAGAAAGAGAGAACGAACGUAAUCAAAAGCGACAAGAAUUUUGGAAUGGGACACUUGUAGAUGAUUACAAUUUUCUCAUGUCGGAAGAAUUGAUUUGUCAUUGUAAAAGUUCUUUCGGCGAACCAUUUACUUCUUUGAAUGAUCUUGCAGUUCAUCAUGUGUCUUACAAUGAAUUUGAAAAGCAAUACGUCGAAUUGUCGGAAUGGUGUAGCAAAAUCUCCAGUAUAGUCACGCAGAUUUCCUCGAAUACAUUGACUUGUUAUCUUCGACAAAAAUAUUAUGAAGAAUUGUAUGAACAAGGUCUAAUGCGUUUGAGGAUGUUCAAUCAGUAUGCGAGUAAACUGAUUGAACGUUUUCCUGAAAUCAAACUUGUCAUUGAGAAGAAAAUGGAAAUGAUUUGUCAGAUAUGGAAUGACCUCGAAGCGCGUUUUAUUGGUUAUUUAGACGAAGAUUUCGAUCAAAUUGUUCAAGAUUUACAUAAUGAAUUAUUUUUAUUCGAAGAAUGGAUUUAUGAAAUAGAAGAACAAUUAAUUCGAUUGAAUUCGAAUCGAAACGAGAAGAUUUUAUCGGAUGAUAUUCAAGACUUAACGAAAUUGCAAGAAGAAAUCAAAUCGAAAAACAGCGGAAUAUCAUCUGUCAUUGAAAUUUGUCAACGACUAAAGAAAGAUUAUCACGAGCAAAGCAACAGAAUUCCGAUCGAUUACGCCAGUGAUCUUGAAAAUAAAUGGCAUCAGAUAUGGAUUAAUGCAAUGGAAAUACAAUGUAAAUUAGAAGAACGACUCAAAUUUCUUGUUGCUACUUAUACAUUCAAUACUAAAGCAUUUCAUCGUUUUGUUCAACAAUCAACUUCACUUUGCUCAACUGACGACGACGACAUCAUACCAUUCAAUUCAAGUGAAUACGAGAAAAUUUCCUUAGCUUCAUCCAAUACAAGCAGUAUUGAACAUCUCCACACAUCCGUCUGCAAUCGAAAACGCCCGAGAUCGCCUGAUAUUAAACCAAACAUUUGUACGAUAUCGAUCCAAUUCAAUCAACCGAUGGCCAAAUCUACUCAACGAAUGUCACUCACGGUCUUACCAACUCUUUCUCCUUCAACGUUUUAUUAUUCGUUGACAAAUAUCAACGAUUAUGAUGAUGAUACUGGCAUGCGAAAAAAACAGAAACGAACGUCGUCGAAAUUGGACAUUGGCUAUGCGAGUGGAGAUGAUUUCGAGAAAAAGUCUUGUUUUCUAAGAAAGAAAAGUCACAGCGACUAUUCAAUUCACACGAAACCAACAAAUCUUAUUUUGUCCAAACGAAUACAUUCAUUACCAUCGUUUACUUGCAAUCAAGUCUUGCCUGAAUGGUGGCGACAUUCUAUUACAUCAGCAUACGAUACAUGUUCAAAUCCGGAUAUCGACACAAGUAUCGAAGAAAAGAAGAAAUCAUCGAAAAAGCCAUCACUACUAAUCUACAGUAAAAAAUAUACGAAAUUUGAAUCGAAAACAUCAGCCACAUCGAAUUCGUACGAUGCCAGUGGAGAAUAUACAGAUGCCGAUCAAUCGGAGAAUGAUGUCGAUGCUUUGUCAUCGUCAUCGCCGACGCAUUACUAUCGAAAUUCGGAAGCUUUAUUUUACAAUCGUUAUACUACAACAACGACAGGUUAUUCGUCCGAUAUUGAAACGACAACAAAUCCAUCGGAGAUCGAACAUGAACAAUCAUCGUGCACAGGUGAAGUGUCUCAGAUGAACAGUGAUAAAUUAACUCUCCCAUCAACAGUUAUUUCAAAUGGAGGUGAAUCGCUCACAACAGUAACUACAACUGAUAAAAUAGAAGCAUCGGAACCAUGUUGGGAUGGUUAUCAAAGUCCGUUAUUCUAUCCAUUGAAUUCUCAAGAUAUUGAUACCAUCGAAUCGACAUUGAAAUGGGAUGAUCAAUUUUUCGAAAUGGAUCAAUUGUACAAUUCUUCGUCCGAUGAUGACAUACAACAUCCGACUGAUAAUUCCAAUCAUUUUCUUCGGACAAACAAUUGUUCAUCAUUACUAAUCUCGAGAUUAUCAAAUAAGCAACAGUUCGAUUCCGAUUCCGAUCUGGACGAUUUCAAUUAUGUGAUUAAUGAGACCGAACGACAAUUGAACAAAACUCGACAAAGUUUGGAGAAGAAAAAACGCCGACAGCAAGCACCAUCCUCAUCGCAAACGACUGACCACAGCCAACGAAAACUUGUAUUCGACGAAAUCCAUCGAACUUGUGAAACGAAUAUUCAGUGCAUUCAACAAAUUUUAACAAAUCUUCAUCAUUCAACCAAUUCUCGUUUGAACAAUACACAAGUCAUUGAAUUACUAGAAAAAUCAGCUAAACCAAAUCAUCUUAUUUAUCUGAUUGAACUUAUGAAGCUACGUGUUCGUUUUGAUGAGCAAUUAUCUCCUAUCAAUACAACAUUUAAUCCUUCAUGGUUCGAAAAUCAUUCAUUUGAUGAAUUAAAAGAACGGAUUUAUUAUGAAAUUGAAUUAGAUAAAGAAAAUCGUCAAAAACUCAAUGUAUUUUAUACCGAUCUCGAACAAAUUGAAGAAAAUUUAAGGAACUAUCGUCUGUCGUAUCCAGAUGGACCAUCAUCGUUCACCAUCGACGAGCAACUGCAUAAUAUACAUUUAGCAGUUGAUCAAUUGACGAAUAAGAUGGAUUCCUAUCAAAUUCAAUUGCGAACAUUAUCGACAAUGAUCAAUAAUCUCGUUCCUAUUGAAUAUCACAUCGAACAAAAGUUAACAACAAUGGAUUAUCCUAAUGAAUUUCAUGAAGUGCAAACAUUAGUCGAUAAUUACGCUCGAAUGAUUCCAAUGAAUGAGUUCUAUGAAAUUGUCAAACAUCAUUGUGAUUACAAAAUGGACAUCUAUCGGAAAAUUUUAAAUGAUUAUAUACGCAAACAGGAGAAACACGUGUCGUUUGAUGGUUCGAUAAAUUUCAACAAUAACAAUUCGACAAAUAUCAAUUCGUCAACAUCAUCAACAUCAUCGUCGGUAUCGUCGACACCACAGCAACCGUACAUGAACGAGUAUCAUCGAAAUAAAACGACCCUUUCGAAUAAAUUUAGGGCAAAAGAAACGCGAGAUAGUCAACAAAAUUUCACGGCUAACGAAACAUCAAAUAAACAAAGUACAACAUCUUCGUAUAUAUCUGAUGAUUGUAAAGUAUUGUACAUCGAAACAGUUAUUGAAGUAGCUAAACCAGUCUACUACGAGCGUACUACUGAUACGAUAACAACAAAAGAUACGCAAUACCAUCAUCACACAUCUAACCAUUCCCAACGAACAGCCACAUUCAAUCGAAGUAAAUAUCUAAUGGACAAGAAUAACAAUCAUCAUCACCCGCAGCAAGGAGAUUCGACCGAUGACGAUACUUCUAAUAAACCGGUGCACAUUCUACCAGCGGUUGUACGACGUCAUUCAAAUAAAAGCCAUUCGAAACAACAAGGCGAUAGUGGAAUUGAAUAUGAUCAGACAUCAUCAUCUUCAACGAUAUGUAACCAAUCAACAAUGAAAGAUCAGCUACUCUUCCCACCAGCAGCUACAGACGUUGACGAACCAUCACCUUCAUCACUUCUUCGCAAUAUAAGAAAACAAACCGAAACGGGUGUUUCUAAACCAUCAACACCGAUUCAUUGGAAUCAAACACAAUCCUCUCGGAAUCGUUCGAAAAACCCAUGGUUUCGUUCGUUGUUAGUUGGUCUUUUCAUCUUACUCCUUCUAUUUUUUGUUUAUCUUUCCGGACUUGAUCGUUGUUCACGUUCAUCCAUCAUCAGAACUAUUGUUCGAUCCAUCAUCUCAAUUGAAAACGAAGGUUUACCGACAAUUUAA